AUGGCAUCAGGACAAGGUCAUGGUAAUAUGUCGUUCGGCAUGAAAGUUAUUCGAUUUAUUAUUAUUGUAUUGAAUCUGGCAUUUAUUGUUGUUGGUAUCGCAUUACUUGCAAUUGAUAUUUAUGUUAUUAGAGAUCCUAAAAUUCAACAAUUACAUCCAUUACUUAAUCCAGAUUCAGCAACAAAUCAAUCUCGAAGUCUUUCAAAUGUUGCCAUAUUUGCUAUUACAUUAAUGGUUAUUGGUGGUAUUUUAAUAAUAAUUGGAUUUCUUGGUUGUUGUGGGGCAAUUAAAGGCUUUCGAUUUUUAUAUGUUCUUUAUGCAAUAAUUAUUGGUGCAAUAAUUAUUGCCGAAAUCAUCAUUCUUACUAUUUGUAUAAUUUAUUAUAAUCGUUUUAAAACAGAACUUCUUUCUAAACUUCAAGAAUCAAUUGCUAAAUAUUAUGUUGGUACACCAAUUAAUAAUUCAACAUUUGUUAAUUCAAUUUCAUUUUCAUGGGAUUUUGUUCAAUUUAAUUUACAAUGUUGUGGUGCGGCUAAUAAAACUGAUUAUUUGAAUACAACUAAUUGGAAUCGAACAAAUCCAUAUCAACUAGAUACAACUUUAAUUGUUCCCUUUACUUGUUGUCCUUUAAAUGCAACGAAAAGUUGGAAUGACUUACCGACAAAUAUGUCGGAAGCUAGUGCAUGUGCAAUAACAGGUGUUAAUGCUUAUUUCGAAGGAUGUUAUGAUCGUUUAGGUGAUUUAUUAGCUGCAUAUAAGAAGUAUAUUAUUAUCGGUGGUGUUAUUGUAGGUGUUGUUGAAAUAUUUGCUUUUAUAUUUGCUAUUUUAUUAUCUUGUCAUAAAUCCGAUUAUUAUACUUUGCAAACGUAA